AUGGCGCACCCACACCGCGGCGAAUCUAAGGCCGACGACACCAUCGAGACCUUCGAGCAAGCCCCCGAGCCGACGCGCGGACACGAUGAAGUUGCGCCCGAAGCCAUUGGUGGAGCCGACAAGAGCGAGUUACCUCGAGGGUACUACUGGAGUCCGAAAUUCAUCGGCACGAUGGUCGCGACUUCUCUCAUGCUGAUCAGUCUGUACUUGGGAUAUGUGCUACCGAUCAAUGUGCUGUCCAUCAUCAACGAAGACAUUGGUCCCGACCCGAACUACGUCUUGAUUCCCAUCACCAAGACGCUCGGUGGAGGUGUUGGUCUGCUCCUCGUCGGUCGUAUCGGCGACAUCUUUGGACGAAGAUGGGUCUACAUCAGCGCGCAAAUCCUAGGGACCAUCGGUUCGAUCAUGGCGGCCACAGGGAAUAGUAUCAAUACACUGCUGGGUGCUACUGCUUUCAUCGGCGUUGCUGGCGCCGCGCAAACUGGCUUCUCCAUCAUCAUUCAGGAGCUCGUGCCAAACAACUUGCGUGGAUACUUCAUUGCAAGUCAGUUCGUUGUAUCGUUUCCAUUCGCGACCUUCGGACCGUUGAUGGCCCGCUCCCUCCAGGAGCACACCGCCCUCGGCUGGCGAUGGUGCUACUACAUGAACCUAAUCACCUGCGCCUCAUCGGCGAUCCUCUUCUUCGUCUUCUACCACCCGCCAAACUACAGCCUUCUCCACCAAGGCAAGUCGCUUCGGCGCGAACUCAUGAGUCUGGACUACGGCGGUCUCGUCCUCUACUGUGGAGGACUCGUAAUGCUUCUCCUCGGCAUAAGCUGGGGCGGCAAAAUCCACCCCUGGAGCUCCGCCAAAGUCAUCGGCCCAAUCGUCGGUGGAGUCGUAGCAAUCACAGCGUUCGGCUUCUACGAAAAGCACGUCAAGAUGGAGCACCCGCUGCUCCCGCUCUCCAUCAUCAAAAGCCGCAACUUCAUCGCGCUUGCCGUCACAGGCUCAGUCGCCACCAUUGUCUACUACUCGAUGAACCUUCUCUGGCCCACAAUGGUCGGCGCGCUUUACACAAAGGACGUCUUGAAAAUCGGGUGGUACUCCGUAGCUCUCGGCGGCUCCGUGGCAGUCGGCCAGAUCAUGGGCGGCAUUACGAUCCGUCCGCUAAAGCAGCUGCACUGGCAAAUGCGCAUCUCAGUGGUGGGCAUAGCGGCCUUCACAGCUGGGCUUGCCGGCGCAGGGAUUGGGCAGAAUGCGCUCGCUAUCGCGCUGACGACGCUUUCGGGACUGUCGGUAGGUUAUGUCGAGCUCCUCGCGAUUAUCAUGAUUCCCUUCGUCGUCGAUCCGGGAGACAUCGGUCUCGCGUCUGGCUUCACAGCUUCCUGCCGCACCGUCUCCGGCACCAUCGCCACAGCAAUCUUCUCCACCGUCCUCUCCAACGAAAACAGCAAAAAUAUCCCCAGCCAGGUCUCCUCGGCCGCCGUCUCCGCAGGACUGUCUCCCUCUUCUGUGCCCGCGGCUAUCAAAGCCGCGAGUCUGGGUACCGCGAAAGCAUACAGCGCUGUACCGGGAAUGACGACGAAGAUUCAGGCUGCGAUAAUGCACGCUGUGCAGGUUGCGAAUUCGAAGAGCUUUAAGACGAUGUUUCUAGUCAGUUUGGCGUUUAGUCUUGCGAGCGUGAUUUCGUCGCUGUUUAUUCAGAGCGUGGAUAAGUCGUUGACGGGGGAGAUUGCGAGGAAGUUGCAGGGCGUGAGGAGUGGGCAUGGAGGGACGGAGAAGAGCGAAAAGACUGAGGAGGUGUAG